AGCCGGUCCCNUGCGGGGACCGAUUGGCGCGGCGCUGCCCUGCCAGGAGGCAGGACUCGGGGACCCCAGACCGGCCCCACCACCGCCUCGGACGCUUGCUCCUUCCCUGCCUCCUCCACGGCGUCCCCCAGGCGCCCCCAUUCCGGACCAGCCCUCAGGAGCCGCCAACCCGGACUCCCGCGAAGACUUGACCCCAGACCUCGGGCGCACCCCCCUGCACGCCGCUCCCCCACCCCCAGCCUCUCUCCUGAGCCCCCGCGCAUCCAAGGACCCUUCUCCGGGAUCCGGGAGACGGGAUCUCUCUCAGACCUGCCUCAACUCCCCUACUCAAGACCACCCACCUCUGGUACCAGAUCUCGCCCAUCUCGGUUUUUUCCUUGGGAUACCGAGAAACCACCCAUCAGAGCCUCCCCUCCACCUCCGCUCGGUUCUCCCUGAGGGCAUCAACUCCCCCACCCCCACCCCGACCCUCCUACCUUUCUUCGGGAGACCCCAGCCCCUGUAGGGGCGGGGCCUCCCUUUUCCCACCCCAGCCCGGCUUGCGCUCUCGGCAGUGCCGGGGGCGCCGCCUCCCCCAUGCCGCCCUCCGGGCUGCGGCUGCUGCCGCUGCUGCUGCCGCUGCUGUGGCUACUAGUGCUGACGCCUGGCCGGCCGGCCGCCGGACUGUCCACCUGCAAGACCAUCGACAUGGAACUGGUGAAGCGGAAGCGCAUCGAGGCCAUCCGCGGCCAGAUCCUGUCCAAGCUGCGGCUCGCCAGCCCCCCGAGCCAGGGGGAGGUGCCGCCCGGCCCGCUGCCCGAGGCUGUGCUGGCCCUUUACAACAGUACCCGCGACCGGGUGGCGGGGGAGAGCGCCGAGCCGGAGCCCGAGCCUGAGGCGGACUACUACGCCAAGGAGGUCACCCGCGUGCUAAUGGUGGAAAACACCAACAGAAUCUAUGAGAAAAUCAAAAAGAGCCCACACAGCAUCUAUAUGCUCUUCAACACAUCGGAGCUCCGAGAAGCAGUGCCCGAGCCCGUCUUGCUCUCCCGGGCGGAGCUGCGCCUGCUGAGGCUCAAGUUGAAAGCCGAGCAGCACGUGGAGCUGUACCAGAAAUAUAGCAACGAUUCCUGGCGCUACCUCAGCAACCGGCUGCUGGCGCCCAGCGACACGCCAGAAUGGCUGUCCUUCGAUGUCACUGGAGUCGUGCGACAGUGGCUGAGCCACGGAGGGGAAGUAGAGGGCUUUCGCCUCAGUGCCCACUGUUCCUGUGACAGCAAAGAUAAUACACUGCAAGUGGAUAUCAACGCAGGGUUCAGUUCCAGCCGCCGAGGUGACCUGGCCACCAUUCACGGCAUGAACCGGCCCUUCCUGCUCCUCAUGGCCACCCCACUGGAGAGGGCCCAACAUCUGCACAGCUCCCGACAUCGCCGGGCCCUGGACACCAACUACUGCUUCAGCUCCACCGAGAAGAACUGCUGCGUGCGGCAGCUCUACAUCGACUUCCGCAAGGAUCUGGGCUGGAAGUGGAUCCACGAGCCCAAGGGCUACCAUGCCAACUUCUGCCUGGGGCCCUGCCCCUACAUUUGGAGCCUGGACACGCAGUACAGCAAGGUCCUGGCGCUGUACAACCAGCACAACCCGGGCGCGUCGGCGGCGCCGUGCUGCGUGCCGCAGGCGCUGGAGCCCCUGCCCAUCGUGUACUACGUGGGCCGCAAGCCCAAGGUGGAGCAGCUGUCCAACAUGAUCGUGCGCUCCUGCAAGUGCAGCUGAGGCCCCGCCCCGCCCGGCAGGCCCCGCCCACCCGGCAGGCCCGGCCCCGCCCCCGCCCGCUGCGCCGGGCUGUAUUUAAGGACACCGCGCCCCAGGUUCUCCCUGGGGUCCAUUAAAGGUGGAGAGAGGACUGG